AUGUCCACGUGCUCUUUUUCCAGGUAUUCUCCAAAAGAGGUCGACAAGAUGGUAGACGAGUACCGUACUUUGUUAACGAAACAGAUGGAACACAAAAUGGAGCCUACUUCGACAGAACUGGACGAAUUUGGCCGGCUCGUUGCUCACGAAACUCAUCAGGUUGCGGAACUGCAAAUAGAGAGAAACAAGCAUCUUCGUAUGGCAUUUGGAAUCAGCGACGACUAUGUGGACGGCAGUGCGAUUAAAAACUGCAAGCCGAACGCUAACAACAAACCAUCAGAAGAUAAGCAACAUGAUGAACAGACCACAGAAUUGAACAAGUCUGCGGCCGCGAUCUCUAUGAAUAAACCAGAAGCAGGCGUUCCUAAGAGUACCAACGAGACGGUCUCGUCGUCUUCUUCUUCAGACAGUGACAGUGACUCGUUGGAAACUUCGUCAUACAGCAAAGACAGCAGCGAUAGCGACGACAGUAGUAGUAGCGAAAGUAUGUCUGAAUCAGAAUCGCAGUCUGAAUCCGAAAGCUCAUCUUCAUCGUCGGACGAUAGUGAUCGAAAGUCGGUUCGCUCGUCGCACUCGCAUCGCAAAACGUACUCAGACAUUCCAUGCGCCGGAGAGACGAUGACGAAGAGGAGGAAAGAAUGCGUAGAAGGCGUGAUCAUCGGGUAUCGACUUCUAGACGCAGGUUCGAUCGGUCGCCGGACAGCGACAGUCAGUGGCGAAGUCGAUCCAGGAGUCAUAAUCGCAGGCAUUCUUCACGCGACUCUUCCGACUUGUCCAAACAUCGUCGGAGACACAGAAGUUCGUCGGGUUCUGAUCACGGAUGGCGAAACAAGCACGGCAAAAGCCGCAAAAACGAGGUCGAUAGGCGCAGUCACACGAGGAAGCGUCAUCGGCGCAGCAGCUCCCGCGAAAAGUCAGUUUCCAGUCAUUCGAAGCUGUCGACCAGUUCUGACAAUCAUUCCGCAUCUGACUCUGACAAUACAAGCGACAGUUCUGCCAGCUCAGCAUCGUACCAUUCCGCAAAGUCAUCUCGAAGCGGGAGGAAACACAGUCGUGCCUCACCAUCGUUCAUGGAAAGACGAAGAAUCACCAGGUAACAAUUAA